AUGAGGCUCCUCAUAACGCUCAUCCCGCUUCUCGCCGCGGCGGCGACCGCCGAGGAGGCGGAGGCCGUCGGUCCCGUCAUCGGCAUCGACCUCGGCACUACCUAUUCCUGCGUCGGAGUCUACCGGAAGGGCAAGGUGGAGAUCAUCGCCAACGAGCAGGGGAACCGAGUGACGCCGUCGUGGGUGGCGUUCACCGACGACGGCGAGCGGCUGGUCGGCGACGCCGCGCGCUCGCAGUCGUCGCUCAACCCGGUAAACACGAUUUACGACGCGAAGCGGCUCAUCGGCAGAGGCUUCCGUGACGAGGAGGUGCAGAAGGACGCGGAGCACUGGCCGUUCAAGGUUGUGGCGACGGCGGAGGGCAAGCCCGCGGUCGAAGUUGCGGCGGGCGGCGCCACCAAGCGCCUCCUCCCUCAGGAGAUCUCGGCGAUGGUGCUCGGGAAGAUGAAGGGCGUCGCAGAGGCGUUCCGCGCGGCAAGGGAGGAGGUGCGCAACGCGGUGGUGACCGUCCCCGCCUACUUCAACGACGCGCAGCGCCAGGCGACCAAGGACGCCGGCACCAUCGCUGGGCUGAAUGCGCUCGCGUACGGCCUCGACCGCUCGAGCGACUCGGGCGCGAACGUGCUCGUGUUUGACUUGGGAGGAGGAACGUUCGACGUGUCGCUCCUCUCCAUCGAUGCGGGCGUCUUCGAGGUUCUCGCCACGGCGGGCGACACACACCUCGGGGGCGAGGACCUAGACAACCGGCUCGUCGAGUACCUGCUCGGCCUGCACGCAAGGAAGCACCCCGGCGCGACGGUGACCUCCCCCUCCGCCAAGGCGAGGCUGCGGCGCGAGGCGGAGCGGACGAAGCGCGCGCUGUCGUCGGAGAGUUCUGCGCGCGUCGAGGUCGAGUCGCUCGCGGCGGGGCGAGACUUUUCGGAGACGGUGACCCGCGCCAAGUUUGAGGAGCUGUGUGCGGACCUCUUCAAGGCGACCCUUGCACCGGUGCAGCGCGUGCUGACGGACGCAAGGGUGAGCAAGCGCGAGGUGGACGAGAUCGUCCUGGUCGGCGGCUCGACUCGCAUCCCAAAGGAGCCGAGCACGGCCGUCAAUGCUGACGAGGCGGUCGCUUACGGCGCUGCGGUGCAGGCGGGCGUUCUCUCCGGAGAGCGCGACAAGGUGACGGAGGAGCUGCUGCUGCUGGACGUUACGCCACUGACCCUCGGCCUCGAGGUCAUCCCGCGCAACACCGUCGUGCCGGCGAGCGCGAGCAAGACCUACACCAACCAAGAGGACGGCCAGGCGGCCGUCUCAAACAAGGUGUUCGAGGGAGAACGGCAGCUGACGAGGGACAACCGCCUCCUCGGCCAGUUCGAACUCUCCGGCUUCCCCCCGAUGCCAAAGGGCUCCGCGCAGAUCGAGGCGUCCGUGACGUUUGACAUCGACGCGAAUGGGAUCCUCGCUGUGAGCGCGCGCGAGCACACGUCGGGCGUCAACGCAAAGAUUACAAUCACAAACUCGGACAAGCUCAACCAAGACGAGAUCGAGAGGCCCGUGGCGCGGGGCGGGAGGGGCUGUGAAUUGGCCACGAAUGACCGAGAGUGA